AUGUCCCAAGCGCCAGCCGAGGCCAGCGACGCUGACGCAAUGUUGGCAGCUUGCUAUAUGUUGACCUUUCAGUCCUCGUACAUGCUUGAUGGCCUUUCUGAUUAUAUCAUGAUGCUCCGAGGUUGCGGCUUAGUGACCGGAUUGAUGCGACAACGGAACCUGCAUGGAUCUUUCUCGAUCGAUGCAAAUUCGCAUAUAAAACACAUGGAAGCACAAUUUGGCCGGUUCCCUACAAUCGAUAGUCGGAUUGCCUCGGACGGUAUUCGCUCACUGAGUCUUGUGAAACCUCUGUUAAAGCAGCCAGUCGAAGAAAUCUUCUACCAGCUUUUAUUUGACGUCCUCGUUCCUCUCGAACAGGCGGCCCCCUGCAUGGCUUAUGUCCAUUUCACCCACAUCAUCAACGAGUUUAUCGCUUUGCCUCAAUCCGAGGUCCACCAUCUCCUUGAUCCUGAGAAUCAGAUUUCGCAGGUGUUAAUGGCUCAUUUCCUCGUCAUACUGGCCAUCCUUUCCCCGAUAACGUCGUUGGAAGCAACUAGUCGACUUUGCAAUGUUCCAAUGGCGGGAAUGUUGUCCUGGGUUGCCAAUAUAUGUAUGCAGAUGUCUGGGAAAAAGGCCGAACGAUACCUUACGUCGCCGAAAAGUGUGGUAGAAACAAUCCGUGCUAACACCAGCCGAACGGGUGUGUUGGUUGAUGACCUUCUGGUCUUGAUUUUGAACUCCCCAGAUAGACUCCUCCUAUCACAACAUGAUAUAGCCUGA